UAUACAAAAAAAACAAGAAGCAGGGUGGGAACAAAAUUAUUCCGGUGGGGGUCAUUUGGAGUUGGGGAAGGGAUAGUGCCAGUGUGGAUGUGUGUAGAAAGCCCCAGGCUGAGAUAGAGAGAUGAGGGCUGUUGGGUGGAGAUUGAAAGUAGGAUUGUGAAAGAAACGCCUUUUGGACAAGGUGUCUGGCGGAGGGAGCCGUAGAACUGGGUGAGGCGCAGGUUGAUGAGGGCGGAGGACAGCGACAAGGGCCCCACAUACACGCACCGGGAGAGAGACGGGAAGGACCAGCGUGAGAGGCCCGGACAGACACGGAGGAUGGCGGCGGAGCGUCCGGGCGGCUCCGAGUCCACGGUGUGUGACCCACAACACUCCAACAAACUGCUCAAGAGCCUGAGCUCCUUUCGGAAUGAGCCGCUGUUCUGUGACGCGGUGCUGGUGGUGGAGGGCCAGGAGAUCCCGGUGCAGAAAAACCUGCUGGCGGCGGUCAGCCCGUACGUCAGGACUAAAUUGAAUUAUACAGCUCCAACAGAUGACGGUUCAGUGUAUAAAAUCAUCCUAGAUGGGAUUUCUGGUGCUGUUAUGCAUGAAUUAUUGGAUUAUGUGUUUAGUGGCCAGAUUAAGCUGAGUGAAGACACUAUUCAGGAUAUUGUGCAGGCAGCAGAUCUUCUCCUCCUAACCGAUUUAAAAGCUCUGUGUUGUGAAUUUUUAGAAAGUUGCAUUGCCCCUGAGAACUGUAUUGGCAUACGUGAUUUUGCUUUACACUACUCUUUGCAACAUGUAUACUACAUUGCUACUGAGUAUCUGGAAACACACUUCCGUGAUGUGUCUCAUACCGAGGAGUUCUUGGAACUAGGCCAUGAAAAAGUGAAAGAAGUUAUCUCUUUAGAAAAGUUGAACGUUGGAAAUGAAAGGUACAUCUUUGAAGCAGUGGUAAAAUGGAUUUGUCAAGAUCCUGUAGUUCGAAAGGUUCACAUGAAAGAUGUGAUGUCUAUGGUUUGGGUCAAUGGCCUGGAUCCUAGUUAUCUGAGGGAACAAAUGUUGAAUGAGCCUGUGGUACGAGAAAUUGUCAAGGAGUGUACCAAUAUUCCUCUCAGCCAAAGAGAAGGAGAGGCUCAGCUAGCUACCUUCAAACCUAGAGGGUAUUCUGAAUGUAUAGUGACGGUGGGAGGCGAAGAAAGGAGUACACGAAAGCCCACAGCUGUCAUGCGGUGCAUGUGUCCAUUAUAUGACCGUAACAGACAACUUUGGAUAGAAUUGGCUCCAAUGAGUAUUCCACGCAUUAACCAUGGCAUAUUGUCAGCAGAGGGCUUCCUCUUUGUGUUGGGUGGACAGGGUUCAGACAAAGAGACUUUAAGUUCAGGCGAGAAAUAUGACUCUGAUACUAACUGCUGGAGUCCCAUUCCUCCAAUGAAUGAGGCAAGGCACAAUUUUGGAAUAGUGGCAAUAGAUGGAGUUCUUUAUGUAUUGGGAGGUGAAGAUGGUGAAAAGGAGCUGCUAUCAAUGGAGGCCUAUGAUAUUCACACUAGGUUAUGGACAAAGCAACCCAAUAUGACUAUGGUUCGAAAGAUUGGCUGCUAUGCAGCUAUGAAGAAAAAGAUCUAUGCAAUGGGUGGUGGCUCGUAUGGAAAAUUGUUUGAGUCUGUUGAGUGCUAUGAUCCCAAGACACAGCAGUGGACUGCGAUCUGCCCACUAAAAGAAAAAAGGUUUGGUGCAGUAGCAUGUGGUGUUGGCUUGGAACUAUAUGUUUUUGGUGGUGUUCGUAGCCGUGAAGGUGGUCCUAAUGUAGAAAGCGGCGAGAUGGUCACCUGCAAAUCAGAAUUUUACCAUGAUCAAUUCAAAAGAUGGAUAUAUUUGAAUGAUCAAUCGUUGUGCAUCCCAACAAGCUCCUCUUUUGUGUAUGGUGCUGUGCCUAUUGGUGCCAGCAUUUAUGUUAUUGGCGAUUUGGACACAGGCACACAGUAUGACUUUGUCAGAGAAUUUCGCAGGAGCACAGGAACCUGGCAUCAUACCAAGCCAUUACUCCCUUCAGACCUCCGGCGAACAGGCUGUGCAGCUUUGCGUAUUGCAAAUUGCAAGCUUUUCAGGCUACAGUUACAACAAGGUCUUUUUCGCAUACGCAUUCCCUCCGUAGGCCCAAAUGGACCAUAAUGCCAUGGUCAGUGGUGACCCAGUUUGGAAUCAAACAUUAUAUAUUGCAAAAUGAGGGAUAAUCUUGCAAAGUCUGAUAACUUGUCUUCGUUACAGAUUGGUAACGGUUAAAACGUAUCCUGCAAGGGCAAUGCAUUGUUGCACACAUUUUAAUGUAAACCAGAAAGGUUGUGCUUUUGUUCUUAUUUUCUGAAAGCUCAGUUAUGGUAUUUCUAACUGCAGCAUUUAAAUUGCAAGACAUUAAACCAAAUCUUCAGCUUUCUAAUAUAAAGUAACCUGAGAUCAAUAUGUAGUAGAUGCAAAUCUGAAAAAGAUAGUUGUUUCAAAAAAAUGCAGAGCUGAUGCAGAAUUCUGGAGGUAGUUAUUAUCCCAGUUAGAAUGAAUUCUGCUCACUCCUGGACGUUCGAAUCUAAGCUGUAAAGUCAGUUUUAUUUUUUCACUAUGUUAAACAAUAGUUCUAAUACAAAAUGUUACAUUAAAUAUUAACUUAUCUUUUGUAGCUCAAGCUUGCAAAAGCAAAAUUUAACUUAAGAAACCAGCAGCCGGAAGUGGCUAUCUUUUGAGUCUAACAUGUAUCAACUGUAGGACUCUAGUCCACAUUUUGGUGACGGAACUAAUGGGUCAAAGAAUUGUCUACAGCAACCUAGAUUCGGCAACAUUUGUUUUGAAGAGAUUUGCUCUAAUGUUGAAGAUAUUUCAGAGUAGAUUAAUGUUGUUAUUGUUAGGUUAUUAACGCUUAAGUUUCAAAACGAUAUUAAAGUUUGAUGGUUGGCUGGUUCAAAAUAAUUAAUGGAUCUAUCAAAGAAAGUUACCUGUCUACUGUAAAGUUUCAUAUUACACCCUGAAGUUGAUGCUGUUUACAUUUGUUAUAUAAAAAAUGACUAAUACUCUUUUCAGUCUCCUGGUAAAUAACAUGACAUGUAAUGUUCAGUACAACAAAACAUAAUCUGGUGUGGAACUACAAGGUCUGAAUUGACUGCACUGAAGGAUGAAAACCUACAAUGCUGUCAGAGACUUCGCUGCAGGUUCAUUAAUGAAAGUAUUUACCAUUUCAAUUACUUUUUUUAAGGUAUUAUUUAAACACAUUGCACAAUGGCCUUUAAAAUGAUUUUUCCAUUUCUGUCUCCAAUGUCGCCACCAUUCUUGCUUUCAAGAACUUGGGCAAAACUUUUCUCUUUGUACAUGUUACCAAUUCCCAUCGCAUCACCUUUAUUUCUUUCCAAUGUGCUUCUUUAUUGUCAAAUAAACUAAGGCAUCUUUCUGAAUGUAGGAAGCACAAUAUAAAUACAGGUUAUUGUAAUGUUACAUUAUUGGUGCUGAUAGUGACCCACCUGAGAGUUAUCUGGUUACCCCACUAGUGAUGAAAUCAUGUAGUUGACAUUAUUGUGAAUUCUCUGCUUUGUGUGUAAGUUGCAAAUCUCUGGUUCUUCCUUGGUGUUCUAGUCAGAAAGGAGUGGUUUCAAAUAUUAAUUUUUGUAAUGUUUAUUCAUCACAUGGUACCCUCAAAGGCUGAAUGACAAGUUGGUUGGCAGUUUGAAUGUAUUAAGCCCUAUAAGGCUCCUUACAGUGUGGCAAGUAUUUAAUGUUGUAUUUUUCCUCCUCAGUUGCGUUUCUUCGGAGUGUGGUGGCAUGUACUAGGAUGUAGUUUUGUGGUCUUUUGCAGCCUCAAAGGAAAUAUAAUUUGCGAUGUUUAAUUCCAAUUUAUGUGUGCUAAGACAGUAAAUACUAGCAACUUAUUAAUCAAGCAAAAUGUUUAAAUUCAAGCUUGCCCACGUCCACUUUUGAUGUCUAUACAUACACAUACUCAUGUCAGCACGCUCAAAUUAUAGGAAGUGUUAUUGGUUAAGGAUUAAGACUAUCAAUAUUAUUGAGUUUAACUAGCUUUAUGUCUGGGAAUAGGGAAAAAGUAGAGAGCAAUUAUACUGUCUUUAUUUGCUGUCCCAGUUUGCAUCUGUUAAUGUAGUGUAGAGCAUCAGAAGGAGGAACAGUACAGAAAUAAAUUUGGCACUUCUCAGUUCUGGGUAUCUAAGCACCUAUGCUAAAGCUGCCUAGGAUGUACAUUUCUUCACGUGGAAAAAUCUAUCUUUUGUUUUUGUGACUUCUUUUGAGUCACUGGUGUUCACUUAAUGUAUCUCAUUGUCCUCCAGACAUUGGACAACAAUGAUCCAAUGAUUUAGCAACUGCUUAGGCAAUUGUGUCAAAUGCAGAAGGACAAUGAAGUUUGUUGUUUGAACUUGUAUUUUGAAUUAGUGCUGUAAAUGCAGUUAAAUGUGGGGCUUGUCUAAUUGGCUGUCGGCGCAGUGUUGAGAUACACAGGCCUGAUGACAUUUGGCUUCAGCAUGUCUGGGGCAAAAAGUAAAAGAAACCACUUAACUUUCUAGGCCUGUGAUUAAACUCCAAUAAUCUAUUGGAAGUGUGCCUUUAGAUUACAUACUUGCAAGAGUUAAGCAUAACUCUAGGUGAUCUCCACGGUGAAAUAAUUUGCUGUUUUUCACUGCGCAGUCUCAUGUAAUUGAGAUGUCAAAGCAUGUCUGACACCUGAUUUGUUCUUCACUUCUGAAUCAGGAAAUUAAGGAUGGGGGAGAAAUAAGAGAAGCAAAAUAGAGGGAAAAUGGAACAUUGCUUUUUUUUAAAAAAAAACUGGGUGCUGAAGGUGUUUUUUUUGACAUAAUGGUUAAACAAUAUUACUUUGAACAUCAAUUUUACAAGUAAACCUAAGGGAUAUUAGGAGGCUAAUUCUGUGGCUAGAUACCACAAAACCAUUGCCCUAAGUGUACUGUGCUAUCAUUAUUAAAGAGCACACAUUCUUGCUAUAACAAUUAAAGCCCAGAUUAGCCACUAGCAGAGCUAACUUGUGCACAUUUAUAGCAGUAUGGUUGGGCCUAAAGGCGGGAACCAUCCACAUGCUGUUGGAUAUUUAUGACAUAAUAUAGUUUCCCCAAUAUAAUUUCACAUCAAAAUCAUUUACUUUUUUAACUUUUCUAAUUUAAAUAAGUUUAAAAUUUAUUUAAGCAGAGCAGGGAGAAGUACAACAGGACAACAAUAUGUUUAUUCUUCACCAUUGGUAAUUUAGUUUUAUACAGUAUAAAAAUGCAGUGAUGUUGCCCAAUGAAUGCAGGAGAGAUUUCUAUUUAAGUUGAAUUUGGGUGUGGAUGUCUUGAGAAGCCCUCGUAAGAUAGCAACUUCCAGUACCAGAGAUUUGCAUCAGUGCUACAUAACUCCAACGAGACUGCUGCUUGUGUACUACUUCCUAUUUCAAUUCAAUUUUAUUUGUUACAGUAAAAACGAACAGGCUAUCCAGUAACUUGCAUCGACAAACUUCAAAUUAAUGAGAGUAGACUAUUUAUAAUAUGCUUUUUCAUUUUGCAGACUUUGAACAUUUUUGCAUUUGUGUUUAUAUAAUUACAAGUAUAAAAUUUGUUAAACCUUUCAUGCCUUUCCUUCAGCCUCCAAAAUUACAUUGGUACUGUUAGUGUUACUUCAAGCUAACAAGACGUUCAUAAACACGUGCAGCUGUUUUCUCAAUUUGAGAAUGUUAUGCUGUCAUUAAAGAAUUCCUAUAAAAUGUUUUUGAUGUUUUAUAUAAUUUUUUUCUAAAUACUUAUAUUGGACAUUAUUAAUGUUUAAACAUAUGGCAAUGAUUUAAGCAUGAAUUUCCAUGAACCUUUGCUAUUUGUCAGCUUGGAAAAAUUUGUAUUCCAACUUAUUAUUUUGUGGCAUUUUUUUGUAAAAUCUACUAAAUUGACUCAUGGUAUUCCUAUAGAAAUACUAAAUUAUGAAAUUGUCACAGGGUGCGUUUGUAGACUUUUUGCAUCUGUUCCAAUUAUUUAAUAUACUCUAUUCAAAACUAUACUUUGCUGAAGUUUUAUCUUUUCCCUCCCUCCUCCUGUGCAGCAGGGGAACUACACUUUUUUUCAACCAGAAUUACAGAAUUUAGUUAGGGUUUGCUAUAUUUUCAUGGCUUUAUGAUUUUCAUUGCAUAGCUGAAUGAAUUGAAACAGGAACAGAAAUUACUGCAGAAACUCAGCAGGUCUGGCAGCGUCUGUGGAGAGAAAGCAGAGUUAAUGUUUCAAAUCCACUGAAGAAGGUCUCUGGACUUGAAAUGUUAGUACAGUUGCCUUUCCACAGACGCUGUCGGACCUGCUGAAUCUUUGUGUAAAUUUGUUGUUUCAGAUCUUCUCCCUUGUAGUUUUUUGUCUGUCUUUAGAUGAAUGCAUUAUUUCCAGUAACAUACCAACAAAAUAAUUUUGUAUCAGCCUGUGCACUAUCCUAUAGAAUAAUGCAUCGUGAGUCUUUGUUGUUUGUAAGCUGUCAUUCCAUUGAGAGGUUAUCAUCAUUUCAAACAAUUACUGUUAUUAGAUCAGCAUUCACAUUUGACUCCCAAAACCACAGCUGGUAUUUAAGUUCCCUAACUCAAAUAAUAAAAAUUAGGUUCUGUGAUGUGAAAAAUGUUGCAGUGUUUUAUAGAGAGAAUAGAUAAACCUUUACAAAAGGCUUGAACCUCACUAUUAUAGUUUCAUGUCCUCUAAAAUUAGAUAUGUUCAAGUUUUAUAAAUCUCUUCAGCCCAGUACUUUGUAUAAUUAUUGUGACUUGUGGUACAAGAACUGAGAUUGGAUCAUAAGAACUUCCCUUUCAAGAAUUUAGUACUUUAGCUAAAGUUUUGUUUAUAAAUGAUUUUCUGGUAUAAAGAUAAAUAUCUGAAACGUACCACAUUGAGGUUGGGCAGAGAGUGGAAUCAGUCUUGGAAUUUUCAUUCUGUUUGUACAGAAAUAGCACAUCAGAAAAAUCAUUGAACUGCCACAUCAACUAUCUUCAGCUCAGCGCUCCAAGCCAUGCUUCAUUUAAUUGGGAAGCGUAAAAUGUAUAGUUCCUUGCUAUCUCUUCCAAUACAGGCAUGUUAAAUAACAGAUGAUCAUUGUGUUGUGGUUGGUUGACUCGCCAAGCUGGUUCCUUGUUUUUCCACAGACGUUUCAUUAACCGAACAAAACAACGAACCAGCUCGACGAGCCAACCAACCGCAACAUCCAUAACCCAAGCUACAAAUCUACUCUCCAAAACCUUAGAGAUGAUCACUGUUUCAUUUGGUUGUUAAACUGGUUUUCUCAGUGCUCUGUCACUGGGUGCUUAUUGGUAACUAUGCCGCAACACACCAAAGACAAAUUAUUGAUCGCAACAAUAGUUUGAACAAUGAAAAGCAGAUCAUAUGCCUCUUUCAAACUUCAGCACUAUACUUGCUGAGCUAUUUCAGUCAAUGCACUACAUGACAGUGAUUUACAUGCUGGUAAAUAUCUCCUGUUCAUUAACUAUUUUAUUCUAUUUGCCAUGAAGAAAUAGUUCUCAACCCAAGGGGCUCAGGGAUGAUUCUUGACUUGUUCAACAACUGAUCUUGCAACCGCCAUAAAAUAGCUAGUUCCUCAUAGGAAAUGGGUUUAACACCCUUCUUUAUCCAACAAACCUCUUUAAGGACUUCAUCUCUCUAAAUUAUAAAAGUGCACAAUCCUUUUCCAAAAUUUGAUAAUGCAACUUCCAAGUUGUUAUAUUCACCGCCAAAGUGAGGAGAAUGAAUGGAAUGUAAAGCUGCUCAUUCUGACAGUGAAUUCUAAAUUACUGAAAGUUAAUGCAUUACUGAUGUCAACAUCUCUUUUAUUGUGCUUAACCACCAUUGAUAUAACUCUGCAGUUUUGGACUGAGAAAAUUGGUUGUUAUCUAUUUUGACAGCAUAAUGGAUCAGUACACGUCACGUUUGUUUUGCUACUAAAAUACAAUAACCAUAUGUUUAGUUACUUUUUUUAAAAAAAAGCCUUCCUAAACAAAUGUCCCCUUAUAUCGAACACAGGCGUCACCAUUUUUAAACAAAAAGUGAAUAGUUUAAAAUGUAGCAAUCUUAUGAAAAGGGAUUCCUAGGACAAAAUAAAUGAGAAAUGCAAAUAUAUUUUUGUGCAGAAGGUGAUAGUCUACUGUGAGAGAUGCGUGCUCCUUGAUUUCUGUUGAUUAGCAUAGCAUUUCUCAUCCACAUUGUCAGUUGGAUUUUAAGUCCGAUGCAUGCAUAGAUUGAGCCUAUGUUGUAUAUCUUUAUAGCUCAUAUAUCCCUAACGUAUGUACUGUCAAUUCACAGUGCAUUGACCUAAAGCUCUAUACAAAUGUCCAACGUGGCAGUGGCAGUAACAACAAAGUGAGUCAUUAGACCACUCCUAUUUCCACUUUGACCAGUUAAAUCAAAAUUAGUUAACCAUAUAACACUGGACACAGCAGAUCUAGAAAAACUGUAGAUAUUCAUGAAAUGUUGCUUCCUUUGGCAGGGGUGAGGGUGGUGUUGUUGGAAAAUAUAUCAACAGGCAGUAACAGCAAUCAAAAUUGCAAUUCAACUGUAAAGCUGUUACUAGAAUAGUUCAGAUUUUGAACAGUAGGAUACAAGCAAAUAAUAGAUUGCCUUUCCCUUCAAUUUGAGCAAGUAAUAUUCCUCACACAAUAUUAAAGUCAAGUUCAUCACUUGUAUAUGGCUUUGUGAGUUACUUCUUAUUUUGAAAGAAGUAGUUUGAUUGUGAUUGCUUUGGUCGAUCUUACAAUUAAGUUCCAGUGAAUUGAACCCUAUUGAUAUUUUAGUAAAUAAUUUUUUGUAAAGACCAUAACUUGAGCUGUAAUAAUAAUUCAUUUUGACCAUUUUUAAAUGUACCCCUGCAUUAAUCUUGAAACACUUUUUUCCUUGUUAUUAAAUAAAACAGAACAACACCUAAAACCAUCAAAAUCUGUUAAGUGAAUCUUGCAGCAAAUUUUUUGUGCUGUUUCACAUUUGACCAUACUUUUUGUACAUCUGUUGUCUUGACGAUUUGUCACCAAAAGCUAAGAAUAUCUUGAGCAAAAGUUGUUGUGCAUGGUUGGCUCGCUGAGCUGGUUUGUUGUUUGUCCGCAGACGUUUCAUUACCCUGCUGGGUAUCAUCAUCAGUCCA